AUGCUCCAGACAGGGCGGUUGCCCCAAAGGUUCUAUCUCCUCGGCCGUGUUGCAGAGCCAGCCGAAGGAGUCGAGGGAGGAUCUGAUUUGAGGUUGGAAGAAUCUGGACCAUGGAUCUGUGCCGUCGGCGGCUCUCAGGAAGCGGUGGAGAUGAGUGACGUGGAAAUUGAUGGAAUCUGGGAAGCCGGGGAGAUUGAAGUAGGGGUCGAUUUCGGUGUCCUUGUGUUUGUGGGGAAGGUGCUGCCACAGGGAGAUGUAGGCGGCCGUGCCGUAGGCGCCGCCGGUGGUGAAGGUGACGUUGACGGUGUUGCAGGAGGCGGCGACGGCGUUUGCCCAGCCGGUGAAAACGUCGGAGAUUAUGCAGAGCGGGGGUUUGCCGUCGGAGGAGGAGAUUUGUUGGAUGAGGGCUCGGAAGGGGGUUUCGAGGCAGGUGGAGGAGUGGAAGAGGUUGACGAUGAGGUGGAGGGGGAGGGAUUCGGUGUUCUCGGUGUUUGGAGGGAGGCCGUGGCGGGGGGCGUCGAACUCCAGCUCGGAGAUAUGGAUGUGAUUGGGGCCCGUGGCCGUGUGGGUGGCCAUGGCGGCGCGGAGGUAGCGGGCGUUGAGUGGGGUAGUGGCGAUGGUGACGGUGAAGCCGAAAGUGGUGUGUAUUCGGUUGGCCAGUGCGAGGAAAGGGAUGAGAUGGCCUUGCGCCAUGAAUGGUAG